CAGCAUUUGCUUCUGUCUCUUUCUGCCUUCGCCCUCGACACUGUGCACAGCCAUGUCUCACCGCAAGUUCCAUGCCCCCCGCCACGGACACAUGGGCUUCCUGCCCCACAAGAGGAGCCGCAAGCACAGGGGCAAGGUGCGCACCUGGCCCAAGGACGACCGCAGCCUCCCGGUUCACCUGACUGCUUUCCUGGGCUACAAGGCGGGAAUGACUCAUACCCUGCGAGAGGUGCACCGCACCGGGAUGAAGAUAGCCAAAAGAGAGGAGGUGGAGGCGGUGACCAUCAUUGAGACGCCCCCUGUCAUCGUGGUCGGCAUGGUGGGGUACAUCGAGACCAUGCGCGGCCUCCGUGCUUUCAAGACCAUCUUCGCAGAGCACAUCAGUGACGAGUGCAAGCGCCGCUUCUACAAGAACUGGUAUAAGAGCAAGAAGAAGGCCUUCACCAAGUACUCUAAGAAGUGGCAAGAUGAAAGAGGGAAGAAGCAGCUGGAGAAAGAUUUCACCUCCAUGAAGAAGUACUGCUCAGUGAUUCGGGUCAUUGUUCACUCACAGAUGCGGCUGCUGCCACUGAGGCAGAAGAAGGCCCAUGUGAUGGAGAUACAGCUAAACGGAGGCAGCGUGGCAGAGAAGGUUGACUGGGUCAGAGAAAAGCUGGAGCAGCCCAUCCCCGUUUCCAGCGUCUUCUCCCAGAACGAGAUGAUCGACAUCAUCGGGGUCACCAAGGGUCAUGGUGUAAAAGGGGUGACCAGCCGCUGGCACACCAAAAAGCUGCCCAGAAAGACCCACAAAGGUCUGCGCAAAGUUGCCUGCAUAGGGGCGUGGCACCCUGCCCGGGUGGGCUACACCAUCGCCCGCGCCGGACAGAAGGGAUACCACCACCGCACGGAGCUCAACAAGAAGAUCUAUCGUAUUGGCAAAGGGGUCCAUGUCCAAGAGGGGAAAGUGAUCUGCAACAAUGCCUCCACCAAUUAUGAUACGACUCAGAAGACCAUUACACCCUUGGGCGGCUUUCCUCACUACGGGGACGUAAACAAUGAUUUUCUCAUGCUGAAGGGCUGUGUUGUUGGCCCUAAGAAGCGUGUCCUCACCCUCAGAAAGUGCCUACUGACGCACACCUCCCGCAAGGCCAAGGAGGCCAUCGAGCUCAAGUUCAUCGACACCACUUCCAAGUUUGGUCACGGCCGUUUCCAGACGGCCCAGGAGAAGAGAGCCUUCAUGGGCCCCCUGAAGAAGGAUCUGCUCAAGAAGGUUCCUGAGACACAGGCGGAGGAAGUGUAGAGGGGUCCUUUCAAAGGGUGUCCACAGUGUUAAAUAAACACUGAAUAGUAUUUACAAUAAAUAUCCU